CCUGGGGAUCACAUGCACAGGAGCCAUCCCUGUUCCCUCGCUGGUUGGGCACUGCCCUCGUGCUUCAGCCAUGAAGUGAUGUGCAAAAGGGGCCUUAUUCCAAAGGGGAUUUUCUCACUGGCAAGGAAAUGUACUGCAGAAAUUAUUCUCCCCUUUGAAAUGUCAUCUGUUGGCAGCAGCAGCUGCUGCUUGACUUGGAGUCCAGCAACACUAGCUCGCAAGUAGAGACUCAUUCUGGAAGAUUUUUCUUUUUUUUUUCUUUUUUUUAUUUUUAUCCCUAAUGUCAGGUGGUUACAAGAAUAUAUUUAGUCCUGUUUUAAAGUACCAGCAGUAACCUUAGAGAACUCAUACCUGGGACACUUUGGUUAUUUGAACAGGAAGAAAUUGGAUUUUCAGUGUCGUGGAAGGAUUGAAUGGGGAUGUAGAAGGGAGGAUUGAAAGCUGUUCCAGAAUUGUCUUUACUUUUAAGGCAACAGUCAAAAAACUGAGUUUCUGCAGAUUUCUGCUUAUAGACUAGACAUGUUCUGCCCCUUGUCUUCAAUCCUUCAUUGAGCCUUAGUCGAUCCUCUUUUUUUUCCAGAGGAAAAGGCUGAAUUACACUGAACUUUGAAUCUAGGAAACCAUUGCUAAGGAGCAGGAGAAUCUUAGUCUUUCAGUAUUUCAAAUUCUUUGGGGUUUUUUUGUUUUAUUUUUGUUGUUGUUGUUUGUUCUGUUUUGUUUUGUUUUUAAUUUGCAUUUGACUGCUUUAGUAAAAUCUCUUCCCAGAAAUGAAUCAGAGCUCACAGGUCAUCUAUCAAGAACAGGAAGAGUUUCUUUAAUUUUCUCGUUACUAGGCUGUAUUUUUGUAUCAAUAGGCUGCAUUACUAAGCUGUAGCAUUUUUUGUAUGGUCUAAUGUGUAAUGUGACAGUAAAAUAUAUUUUGCCAUCGGGCUAUUUUGUGUAAUACAUAUGGCUUAUUCUGUCUUUUCAGUAGAGGGAGUAAAGAUCUGAAGAAAUCCCAGAUAAUGGCUUCUGAUGCCAGUCAUAUGCUGGAAGCAGCUUUGGAGCAAAUGGAUGACAUCAUUGCAGGCACAAAAUCAGCCACAGAGUAUGCUAAUGGUGGUUAUGACAUCGUGUCACCAGCUCCCUCGGUGUACCUGGGCACAUUCCAGAUUUUGCACCUCCUGGAGGAUCUGAAGAUGGCCCUGGAGAUGCUGGAGGACCCUCAGGAGAAAGAAGCACUUCGGAACCAAAUCCCAGGGGCCACAGCAGUGUGUUUGAGGGAGUGGUUUGAGGAGAACCUGUCACAGGUGAACCAUCAUACAUCCAAUCAUGAAACUUAUCAAGAACGGUUGGCACGAUUAGAAGGUGAUAAAGAGUCUCUCAUCCUGCAGGUGAGUGUUCUCACAGACCAGGUGGAAGCUCAAGGAGAGAAAAUCCGGGACUUAGAAAUCUGUCUUGAGGGGCAUCAGUUGAAGCUGAAUGCUACAGAAGAAAUGCUCCAACAGGAGCUGCUAAGUCGCACAUCGCUCGAGACUCAGAAAUUGGAUCUGAUGGCUGAAGUUUCAGACCUGAAGAUUAAGCUGGUUGGCAUGGAAAAGGAGCAGAGUGAAUAUGAAGAGAAACAGAACAAAGCUGAGUCAGUAGUGAACCUGAUCAGUGACCUACAGGAGCAGAUGUGUAGACUGCAGCUAGAAAUUAACAGUAGGAUCCAGGAAAGAAAGUCUCAAGAUAGGAAACCAGACUUGACCCCUAAUGGUCCCCAAAGUGGUGCAAGAUCAGUAGAGGCUCUGGGCCAGAAGAAUUGCUCUCAGUGUGAAGGUUUGUUACAGGAACUCAGGCACCUCAAAAUUAAAGUGGAAGAACUGGAAAAUGAAAGAAAUCAGUACGAGUGGAAAUUGAAAGCAACUAAAGCUGAGAUAGCCCAGCUGCAGGAGCAACUGGCUCUCAAGGAUGCAGAGAUAGAACGUUUGCAAAGCCAGCUCUCCAGGACCUCCUCAUACACUGAGGUGGCAGAAAGAGAGGAAGUUUAUAGGAGAAGGCUAAAAGAAAAACACCAAGAAGUUCAGAGGUUGAAGAUAGGAAUGGAGACAUUAUUGGCUGCAAAUGAGGAAAAGGAUCGUCGGAUAGAGGAGCUGACACUACUACUAAGCCAGUACAGGAGAGUCAAGGACAUAAUGAUUGCAGCUCAUGGCUCUUCUGUCUCCGGUGGCAGUGAUGAGGAGCUUGAGGCAACUUUAAGGAAGUGGAAUCUUUUGAAUAACUCCCAAGGAGAAUUACUGAAAACAGAGGCCUCUGCAGGAGAAUUGUCACCAGCUGUGCUCCCUCCAGUGCCACACAAAGCCUUGGAAAUCAGUAGAAGUAUUCCAGUACCUUCAAGUAAUUUAACCUCUCAGCAGGAAGAAUCUUUGGACAUCACAGACAGGGUUCCACAGAAAAAAAAGUCAAGUAGUUUAGAAGACUUGCAGAGUGAGUCCUUGGAAAAGUAUGUAGAUGGAAAACCAGCACAGCCUGUUGUAGAACAAGAGCAGAGUAAGGCAGUGGGGAAAGGCAGCAAGUACCAAACGCUGCCUGGAAAGCUGGCCCGAGCCCUGCAGAACGGAGAGCAGGGGAUGCACAGCUCCCCUGCUGGAUGUGGCACAGGAGACAACGACGACAACAGCAUCCCAGGCCUCAAUCGUGGCAGGAGUGUCAGUGCACCUGUGCUAGGAGAAACAGAGAACAUGGAUGGUACAGUGGUCUCGGAUGACCUUUCACAUCUCUCUUCGGGAACAGAUUCAGGUCCUCAAUCUCCAUGGUCUCCAGAAAACAGAAAGAGUCCAAAAGGGAUCAAGAAAAUCUGGGGAAAAAUUCGAAGGACUCAGUCAGGUAACUUCCCUGCAGACGACCUGGGGCUGGCAGAGUUCCGGAGGGGAGGUCUCCGGGCAACAGCUGGACCUCGUUUGUCCCGAUCCAAGGACACCAAAGGCCACAAGAGUGACCACAAUGCCCCAUUUGCUCAGUGGAGCACUGAAAGAGUUUGUAACUGGCUGGAGGACUUUGGCCUGGGCCAGUAUGUGAUUUUUGCCAGGCAGUGGGUGAUGUCAGGCCACACGCUUUUAACUGCCACACCUCAGGACAUGGAAAAGGAAAUGGGAAUAAAGCAUCCACUGCACAGGAAGAAAUUGGUUUUGGCCAUUAAAGCUAUAAAUGCAAAACAAGAUGAGAAGUCUGCACAACUUGAUCAUAUCUGGGUGACACGGUGGCUUGAUGACAUUGGCUUACCUCAGUACAAAGACCAGUUUCAUGAAUCCAGAGUAGAUGGGAGGAUGUUGCAGUACUUAACUGUGAAUGACCUCCUCUUCCUCAAAGUCACCAGUCAGCUGCAUCACCUGAGUAUUAAAUGUGCCAUUCAUGUGCUGCACGUCAGUGGCUUCAACCCCCACUGUCUACGCAGGAGGCCAGUUGAGGAGAACAACAUCUCUCCUUCUGACGUGGUGCAGUGGUCCAACCACAGGGUGAUGGAAUGGCUCAGAUCAGUGGAUCUGGCAGAAUAUGCACCCAAUCUUCGAGGCAGCGGAGUGCACGGGGGCCUGAUCAUUCUGGAACCUCGCUUCAACGGUGACACGCUGGCCAUGCUCCUGAAUAUCCCACCCCAAAAGACCCUCCUGCGCCGCCACCUCACCACCAAUUUUAACAUGUUAAUUGGGCCAGAGGCACAACAAGAAAAAAGAGAAAUCAUGGAGUCAGCAGCAUACACACCUCUGACCACCACUGCCAAAGUUCGGCCAAAGAAACUUGGAUUUUCACAUUUUGGAAACUUAAGGAAAAAGAAGUUUGACGAAUCAACAGAUUACAUUUGUCCUAUGGAUACAAGCCCAGCUGCUACGAAUGGUACCUCGAAAAACUAUGGUAGCUACAAAGGACUUAGUCCUUUCACUGACAGGGAACUGGAUCAGAUGGAGCACUCAGAAGGCACAGUAAUGCAAAUAGGGGCUCUUUCCCAAGGCAUAACCCACCUCACGACACUGCUGAGCCAGGAUGAAAUGCUGAACAACAGCAGGUUUUUAACACCGACCUUUGAAGACUUGAGAUGA